CUCUGCCUUGCCUCUUGCCUCUGCCUUUCGGCUUUAUGCUUCCCCAUUGGAAGUCGGGUUCCCACCUGCACACUCCACUCAACGCUCGCCCCUUGCCUGCAUACGGUAUCGUAAGCUCCAACAACUGGCCGUCUCUGCUGCGCUUCCCAAGCCUUCCCUGGCUCUUGGUCUUGGCCUUGAUCUUGGUCCCUGUCCUUGUCCCUGACCCUGUCACCGUCACCAGUACUGUACUGUACUGUACUGUACUGUACUGUCCUCUGCUCUCUCACCUCGUGGACAGGCGGGAUUGGGAUUUGUGGCUCCCUACUACUAUCGCUAUCCAAUCCUAGUUUCGUUCUGAAUACGGAUGCAGUCCAGUACUUACCGUGCAAUUCAGUCUACACUAUCACGUCCAACUGGUGUUCUGCACGGCCACGACCACGACCACGACCUUCUUUACCCUACCUCCCUUCCUUCAACGUACUUCACUUCAUUUUCUAUCAAUAGCCUCAAUACCACGGCUCCAGCACAAAGAAAUCUGAGCCUCCCGUGUCCGCUCCCUUUCUCUGGAGAUAGCUCGGCGGACAUUUGGAACCCCUCCCCCUUUGUCCAAGCACGCCCCGACUGUAACUUCCACCUCAAGCGGCAACUCGGCCUCGCUUGCUAGGACUGCAUUUUAAACCACCAGAAGAACCUUGACCACUUCUCGAUACAUCCCACCGAGCGGAAGUGAACUCGUCAAAAGACUCCUUUUUGGAGUUCCUCCCGCUCAUUUACGCUCCCAGGCUCUCACUCCGUGUUUGCCACUGACUGCUCUGCGCUGUCUUCGAGUCCUCGAUCUACCGCAGUCCUCCCAGGACAUCUGAACGACUCUUACCUCGAAUAUCUAGCCUUCGUUAUUCUGCUUUCCAGAACCAGCUUCAUACUUAAUGCCCGGAUAAUCAGCGACUACAACCAUCUACCAAGGCAGCCCAGCUGCAGAUAGUACCAAUAUGGCCGACGAAUCGACUCUUGCAGCAACUUGCUCGUUGCUGCAGAGCCUCGCGACAAAUGUCCCUCACACCGCGAUUCAGGCCAGCCAAGCAUUAAAACUUCCAGGAACUGAGACCUCAUCCAAAGCUGCUCUUGAAUACGAAAUAUCUGCUUUGGUUGCGAGGAUACAGCACUUGGAGGCAAAGGCAAGCACGGUCAACAACCACACUCUGCCAGAUACCCCAAACGAGACAGGUGCCCCAUCUGCCUUUGCAGAUGUCCUCACUGGCAAUGGCUCGCGAGCAGCGAAGAGCUCUGCGAUGAGACAGAACAACAAUAUGAACUCUUCGCUGACGGGCAGAGACAACGCUACUGGAGAACGACCCCAAAAGCUUCCUAAACUCAGCAAUGACGAACUCAUCGAAACUUUACAGCAGGAGAUUGUCGACCAAGCUGAACAAAUCAAGGAGGGAAAGUUGAAGCAGUCUGCCAUUGAGGCUAGAAUGGAGGAACAAGCACAGCAUCAACAGCACCUCAUAAACCAGUUCGAGGCCAAGCGUGUUGCGUCCCUCGAGCGUGAGCUCAAGAAACACCAGCAGGCAAAUGAAGCAUUCCAAAAAGCUCUGCGAGAAAUUGGAGAAAUCAUUACUGCAGUAGCUCGUGGUGAUCUGAGCAAGAAAGUUCAAAUCCAUUCCGUGGAAAUGGACCCUGAAAUCACAACAUUCAAGAGGGUCAUCAAUACCAUGAUGGACCAACUGCAAAUAUUCUCCAGUGAAGUUUCUAGAGUCGCCAGAGAAGUCGGUACAGAAGGUAUCCUUGGUGGUCAAGCACAAAUAUCUGGUGUGGAUGGAACCUGGAAAGAGUUGACAGACAACGUCAACGUCAUGGCCCAGAACCUUACAGAUCAAGUGCGAGAAAUUGCUUCAGUAACCACUGCUGUAGCCCACGGAGACUUGACCCAGAAAAUUGAAAGACCAGCCCAGGGAGAGAUCUUACAGCUACAACAGACGAUCAAUACCAUGGUGGAUCAACUCAGAACCUUUGCAGCUGAAGUUACUCGUGUAGCAAGAGAUGUAGGAACGGAAGGUAUCCUCGGCGGACAGGCAGAGAUUGAAGGAGUCAAGGGCAUGUGGAAUACAUUGACUGUCAAUGUCAACGCAAUGGCCAACAAUCUUACAACACAAGUCAGAGAUAUUGCUAUGGUUACUACGGCUGUCGCAAAAGGAGACCUAACCCAGAAAGUCAAGGCUGAAUGUAAGGGCGAAAUCAUGCAGCUGAAGGAGACCAUCAACUCCAUGGUGGACCAACUGCAGCAGUUUGCACGAGAAGUCACCAAAAUUGCUAGAGAGGUCGGCACAGAAGGAAAACUUGGUGGACAAGCCACUGUACACGAUGUCGAGGGUACCUGGAGAGACUUGACCGAAAAUGUCAACGGAAUGGCUAUGAAUCUAACGACACAAGUGCGAGAAAUCGCAAAGGUUACAACGGCCGUAGCUAAGGGAGAUUUGACAAAGAAGAUUGGAGUCGAGGUACAAGGAGAAAUCGCAUCGUUGAAGGACACCAUAAACACCAUGGUUGAUAGAUUAGGCACAUUUGCUUUUGAGGUCAGCAAAGUCGCUAGAGAGGUCGGAACAGACGGAACUCUUGGAGGUCAGGCCCAAGUCGACAAUGUUGAAGGAAAAUGGAAGGAUUUGACGGAAAAUGUUAACACCAUGGCAAGCAAUUUGACAUCCCAGGUCAGAGGUAUCUCAACAGUCACCCAAGCUAUCGCAAACGGAGACAUGAGCCAAAAGAUCGAGGUUGAAGCUGCUGGAGAAAUACUCGUUCUAAAGGAAACCAUCAACAAUAUGGUAGACCGUUUGAGUAUCUUCUCGAAUGAAGUGCAACGUGUGGCAAAAGAUGUGGGUGUUGAUGGCAAGAUGGGUGGCCAAGCCGAUGUGGCUGGAAUCGGAGGACGCUGGAAGGAAAUCACAACUGAUGUCAACACCAUGGCCAUGAACUUGACCGCGCAAGUCAGAGCUUUUGGCGACAUUACGAACGCUGCAACUGAUGGCGACUUUACAAAGCUGAUCACUGUUGAGGCAUCCGGAGAAAUGGACGAGCUGAAGCGAAAAAUCAACCAGAUGGUCUUCAACUUGAGAGAUUCCAUUCAGCGAAAUACUGCUGCCAGAGAAGCAGCCGAGUUCGCCAAUAGAACUAAGUCCGAAUUCCUUGCCAACAUGUCUCACGAGAUCCGAACACCCAUGAACGGCAUCAUUGGAAUGACCCAGCUCACGUUGGACACUGAUCUCACCCAAUACCAGCGUGAGAUGUUGAACAUCGUCCACAACUUGGCAAACAGUUUGUUGACGAUUAUCGAUGACAUUCUGGACUUGUCCAAGAUCGAAGCUAACCGGAUGGUUAUGGAGGAAAUUCCUUACACCCUUCGAGGAAUCGUGUUCAACGCCUUGAAGACUUUGGCGGUUAAGGCAAACGAGAAGUUCUUGGAUCUCACAUACCGAGUGGACAGCUCAGUUCCCGACCAUGUUGUGGGUGACUCGUUCCGUCUACGACAAGUUAUUCUCAACCUGGUGGGUAACGCCAUUAAGUUUACUGAGCACGGCGAGGUAUCUUUGACAAUUCGUAAAGCCGAGCAGGAUCAGUGUGCGCCCAAUGAGUACGCGAUCGAGUUCUCGGUUUCUGACACCGGUAUCGGCAUUCAAGCAGAUAAGCUUGACCUGAUUUUCGAUACAUUCCAACAAGCUGACGGUUCCAUGACGAGAAAGUUCGGUGGAACAGGUCUUGGACUCUCAAUCUCAAAGAGGCUGGUUAACUUGAUGAGAGGAGACGUCUGGGUGAAGAGUCAAUAUGGCAAGGGCAGCACGUUCUACUUCACUUGCACAGUCCGACUUGCGACAUCCGAUAUCAGCUUUAUCGAGAAGCAACUCAAGCCGUAUCAAGCCCAUAAUGUCCUCUUUAUUGAUAAGGGACAGACUGGCCAUGGCAGAGAAAUCAUCACCAUGUUGAGACAGAUUGGACUCAUGCCUGUAGUCGUGAAGUCAGAGACACAUAUCAACUUGUCAGGCGGUGGAUCGAAGGUUGCAUCUGCCUUUGAUGUUAUUAUCGUGGACUCAAUCGAAACUGCCAGACGGUUGAGAUCAAUCGACGAAUUCAAGUACAUCCCCAUUGUUCUCCUGGCACCUGUUGUCCACGUCAGUCUAAAGUCAGCAUUGGAUUUGGGCAUCACUUCCUACAUGACCACGCCAUGCUUGACAAUUGACCUUGGAAACGGAAUGAUCCCCGCACUGGAGAAUAGGGCUGCUCCAUCUCUAGCCGACAACACAAAGUCUUUCGAGAUUCUUCUAGCUGAGGACAACAUCGUUAACCAACGUUUGGCAGUCAAAAUCUUGGAGAAGUAUCAUCAUGUUGUUACCGUCGUCGGAAAUGGCCAGGAAGCUCUCGAUGCUAUCAAGGAGAAGAGAUACGAUGUCAUUCUCAUGGAUGUGCAGAUGCCAAUUAUGGGUGGAUUUGAGGCUACAGCCAAGAUCCGUGAAUAUGAGCGAAGUCUUGGUACCCAAAGGACACCAAUAAUUGCACUUACUGCCCAUGCUAUGCUUGGUGACAGAGAGAAGUGUAUUCAAGCCCAGAUGGACGAAUACUUGUCCAAGCCUCUCAAGCAGAAUCAUCUGAUCCAGACCAUCCUGAAGUGUGCAACGCUAGGUGGUGCGUUAUUAGAAAAGGGCAGAGACGUUCGCACAUCCCCAAAGGAUGAGUCUCCAAAGGCCGGAGCAUCAAACGGCACACUUGCGCCGCCACCAGCCCCAGGGAACUCUGCACUUCGACCACCCCUCGAGCCUCGUGCAUACACAACUACUGGGCCGAUCAAUCAUGGGAGCUUGGAGAGUCCUGCGAUUGUGACUGCAGAUGCAGAAGAUCCGCUUGCCAGACUUCUCAUGCGCGCACACAGCAGCUGAGCAAACCAUUCGGCCUUGGACUUGUGUAGUCAGAAGUGUCCGAGAAGCCACGAUGCUGGAGGAGCUUCGCUUCUUCAAGGCCACCGUCGCGAACCCUUCAUACCCGUUAUUUGACUUUUUUGCAACAUCUGAUGACUUCAAACGGCCAUGGCGUUCAGGCAAAUGGAGUUGAGAGGCACUGCACCACAAAUAACGGGCACGCAUCCUCUGGGGUUGGGAGACUAUUGCCCUUUCUUUCUUUCUUUCUUUCUUUCUUUCUUUGCAAUGCGUUGCAGCCCCCUUCUGUUUGGGAUGGCAUCUGGCUUGUCAUUCCUCCGACGGUUUCCGAGGGAUGGAUGAACAAUUCGUUGCCACGUGUUUCUUCCUUGAAUUUCUACUAUCAUGGCCUGCGGGUGGGAACGGGAAUGUCUGGGCUUUUACUUUUUGUUUUAUAAUCUUUUCUUCAACUGGUGGUUGGACUCAGCGCUUGUGAGGUUGGCAUGGACUGGAGGAGAUGAAUAGGCUGACUCAGAUGAAAUGCAUGAGAGAUGGACUAGCGGAGUAGAUAGUUCAGAUGGAAGGAUGGAUGACGAGAUAACAUGGGUGGAAAUUCAGACGCUUAUGAUAGCUAUGUUUCUGUUUGUCUUACAUGCUUGUCUAAGUGAUUGUGUCCUAUCUUGUGAUGGUUGUUAAUUUUAUUAGCACUACAAGAAUGAUUUGAGUCCAGAUAUCAUUGCCCACCAACCAUGUCAAGGAACAUACAGUACACCGCUACUGAACAUGCCAGUUCUCAUUCCUCCUGCAAAUGCUGCGUCUUGUAAGUUCCCGUUUCCUGGAAACCGGGCUCGUGGCGGGCUUGUUGCAUGCAUACACAUCGCGAAGAGUGAAGUGAAACGGGUACUGGUUCCUUACCAAUCGCUGUCUAAACCUGGUAAACAAAUGGGUUUCAUGUGCCAUUUUCGAACGCCCGGCAGAAAAGGGACCAUGACUUGUCUGUUGGGUUGAGAAAGGAAGCUUCGCAGCGCUUAAACUAGUUCUCUGUUGCCAAACCAUGUCACAUCUGUUUUGGGAGUUGAAUCCGCAUUGGGAGAUAUUUGGACGUCUCAAAAUAGGCUAUGCUGUCUUUUCUCACCCUGUACAUUGAUGGAUUCUCUGGCGCGCUCGAGACAUUUUUUCGUUUCUCCCUUGAUGUAGUGAACGAUGCGUGUUGCAAGGAUAUAGAUACGAGUUUCAGUGGCUGCUAUGCUGUCAUAAGAGAUCCAUCAGUCAAGAUCAGAUCCUGUGUGUUCUUAAAACUUAUCUGCUCAUACAAUGUUGUUUAUAAAAGUAAGAUACUAAGAUCUCACUUAGCCAUUAAGAGUCACCUUAGAGCUGGGAAUCGUACGAUAUAUUUCUGUCGACUAUGAUGUAAAGAGAGUACUCGACUCUGGCCGUCCCUCUUCCAGGCCAUGAGAGUGUUUGCCUUGUCCACAAUUAACGUCUAAGGGGGCUUGCAAGUCGGUACAGAUAACACGGAUAUCAGAUCAUACGUACAUGUACUCUGUCAUAUUUAGACCGUUGCAAGUAAACAAAUUAUCUUGUCUCUGGAUCAUUUCCCAGCAGCUGCUCCUGCCUCGAACAAGUCCGAUCAAUACUUCACCUAAUCGUCGAUCUUCAACUACAUCUCCACCACACGUUACACCGACCAGCCACAUCAUUUUGAACCCCUAAUCUCCCUGUUCGUUGCAUCGCUUUCUCUUGACUGUGUAACGCAUGGUUGAUCUUGUUGGGUGGCUGCUCUGCUAGCUCUCGGAACUUUUUGUGAUUGCUCAGAUUCUGUCCGGACCCUUGACUGCUCCGUGAGUCAGUUCUGGGUACUAUUUACUUGUUUGUCUGUUUGUUGCCUGACUUUGACUGCCUUGGCUUGCAUGUCAGUGUGAUGGAAGGCACCGGGCGGUAUGUAGGGGUGAUGGGAUUUCCAUGGUGAGGAGGAGGGAUCUCCGUGUGUCUUAUGAGUGGUUGGUCGGAUGGAGAAUCCGACAUACUGGAUGGAGGUGAGGUGUCACUUGUGAGUACGCGCUUUGCUUUGCAACUGGCAAGAGCCAGAACUGCAGAACUGCAGAACUGUGCAGCAAGCACUGGGAGUGUAAACACACAUCUAAGCUGCAAGCGAUCAAGGUCGGUUUAUGCCUGCUUGCAUAAAUUCAUAAAAAUACAUCACAACUUUCCAUACAAUGUGAGUCGAUACAAGUCCAGGGUCUCACUUAUCAAAAUCCAAUCACGCUCGAUCCAUCAGGCACUUACGGGUCGUGCGACUCGUGUAACGCGAUCUGAUUUGACGAUACGAGACGCGGUCAGGACGAGAUGAGAUAUCCGAUCGUGGUGGGUGCAGGUAGGGAAUCUCAGGGUCCGGUCGAUUUUUUUUUUCCUGCUGGCCUCUUGACCUUACCGCACUUUGUCUGGCUCUGGUCUGGUGUCGUUGGAUGCUCAAUGCUCGAUGCUCGACAGGCGUUGUGUGGUCGGCUAGCCAAUCGUCUUUGCUGGCUAUUACGUGCAGGAAGAUUGCCCUGCCCUGGCGGUCGCAGGAAGUCGGGCAUUAUUUUGUGCGUGUUUGGGAUGUGACUAUGGCUGCAUGGAGGGGAAAAAGGGACGUACCUUUUUCUCUCGAGGAUGGGUAUGGGUUUGUUGUAGAUUGUGCAAAAUGUGUUGAGGACUUCUCGGGAUUUGGGACCGAGCAAGUAAACUGAGGGCCCGAUCUUCCCUCCGUGAAGUGCCGAAGAGGGCCUCGGGAAGGGUGGAUGGCUUUCAUGACCUCAGCAUUUCAGGGUUUCUGAUGUGGGACAGGGAAGGAUGUGAAGGGGUUGUGGUCCCUUAAUAUCAUAGGGCUUUGCGCAGCUGCGAAUGGCAUCUCUUAGACAGGGUAGAUACAUGUUGUGAGGCUUGAUCGCUUCUUGUUGAGAACAAACAUGGUAUGCGAGCCGACGGAUGAAGACUUGUUUCUUUAUUAAACUUUCGAGUAUUUGAAAAGGACUGUAUGGAAUGUAUCGCUUGAAACAUUUCGUGUUCGAUUUUGGUGAUUCUUGCACUGUCUGUUUUGUUGCUGUGGUUCCCUGUAGCAUCUUCAGGUGGUCUGGGUGCUGAUGGCCUGCUUUCGGAUUAGGAGUUUGGUGGUCUCUAUUUGUGACAUUGGACUUUCGAUUGGAUAUUUAGUCAAAGUGGCAUUGUUUCCAC